GAUGAUGGCAUCUACGCUAUCGCGGUUGUUCUCAAGAUCUCGGCCUAUCCUUCUCCGAAGAGUCUCGUUCCGCAGCUGUUUCCCAAAACAUACCCUCGCCUCAAGUCUUGGAUCAGUCUCGGAGUGGAUGAAUAUAAACGGUUACAACGGCAGAGGACUUGUCGAUCUUCCUAGAAAGCAUCCCCUCGCCGCCGGCGCAGCUAAAAUCCCUAACGACGGCUCUCCCUACUAUAACCGCCAGUCUCUCCUCCACUACCAGAAGCUACAACAGAGCACUGGCCCUUGUUCUCGGCCUAUCCUUCUCCGAAGAGUCUCGUUCCGCAGCUGUUUCCCAAAACAUACCCUCGCCUCAAGUCUUGGAUCAGUCUCGGAGUGGAUGAAUAUAAACGGUUACAACGGCAGAGGACUUGUCGAUCUUCCUAGAAAACAUCCCCUCGCCGCCGGCUUGGGAAGGGCUGUUGCGCUUCAAAACUUUGAGAAAAAGCUGAAAUCUACGAGGAGUAACGUACCCAUAACUAAGAGCGAGCCUGCUGAAACAAGACCACUAGAGCAACAAGAGAAAACGAGAAUGAUCCAUGAAAAGUUUAAGGAUGAUGUCGGGAACCAUCUUGAAGACUUCAAGAGUGCUAUUGGAGGGCUUGAAGCAAACCACUCAGAGUUGAAAGGAAGCAUUAAGAAACAAAGAACAUCACACCAAAAGCUCGGUAUCGAGACAAAUCUCAACAGUGGAUCAAGGGGAUGCUCUGUAACGCUUCAACAGAUUAUGAGAAUGAUCCACGAGAAGUUUGAGGAAGAUGUCGGGAACCAUCUUGAAGACUUCAAGAGUGCUAUUGAAGGGCUUGAAGUUGGAGCAAACCAGCAAAAGGGGAUUCAGGUCGAGAAACAGCUAAGUGGGGGAGUGGUAGCUCAGCUAAAUCUGGUGUCGUGUCAACUCCUUCCUCCAGAGGAAAGAUGA